AUGCAAACGGGAUCGAAGGAGCAUGUCGAGGCAAGCCGAAUGAGCGUUUCACCCAGGACAAGGGCAGAUCGCAGCACGUAUGAGCGGUGUUUGGGAGUCGUGACGGGUUCACGAGGGGUGGAGAAAGACAUGCGGUUCUCCACUCUGAUUGCUUCGGCUCUCCUCGCCCUGGUCCCGACCACCUUGGUUGCAGCUCAGGCGCAUGACACUCCUGAGCUCAAUAUCGUCACGACAUUCCCAAACAACCCCGGAUCCAUUGUCAAGAAUGGCCAGGCCAACACGGUCGUCUUCUCCAUCAUCGACGCUCCUAAGGAGAAGGAUGCAGACCACCGCCUGCUCAACCUUGUCUCGAUCACCGGCGCUUUCCUUAACCCCAACAAGGUCGACGGACAACGCGGACGCGUGCUGCGCAACAUGACCACGACCUCGUUCAAGUCGCCACGAGCUCUCCGCACCAUCUUCGGUCGACCUCCUCACAUCCCUUUCGACUUUGUACCCGAAUUCAAGCCGCAGGAGCUCGAGGUUGAGUUCAGUCUGUUGGUCAACGACGAGCAGACGAGCAAAAAGCACCGCAUCCACGCCUACCGUGGCAAGGUGCAGGUGGUGGAGCCGCCCAAGAACUGGUUCGACCUUCAGCUCAUCUCGGUCUACAUCAUUGCCAUCGCCGCCAUCGUUGGCGUCGUCUACUUCGUCUACACCAGCUAUGUCAUUGCCGAGGAGAAGAACGCGGCUGGUCCUAAGAAGUUUGAGAAGCCUGCUCCUGUUCAGCAGUCUGGCGUGCAGGACGAGUGGAUCGUAAGUAUUUCGCAUCUGACGUCCUGUUGUCGCAAGAGUACUGACCCUGUUCGACUUCACUUUUGCAUCGAUUUCCGCUACAGCCUGGACAACACCUGCGAUCGCGAAAGGGCAAGAGCGCAGCUUCCGGUGCUCUCAGCAGCGGAGACGACGAGCCUUCGUCUCCCAAGAAGCGAGGCAAGGGCCGCAAGUAAGCUACCAGAGGUCCUCGACCGGACGAACUCGCUCGCCCGCCGUUCCGCUCAGCUUGGCUUCGACACCUCGCGUCUCAUUUGCAAGCGCUCUUCCGGGCAUGGCAAAAUGGGUCACGAGCUCACCACCCAUCGCUCUCCCGCAGAGCAUGCCCUUUCACCCAUUUGUACAUAG